AUGGCUGCCACCCUGUUCCAGGCCUGCCAGCAGGGCAAGCUCGCCGCCGUCACAGAGAUUCUCGAGGAAAACAAACCCGAGCUCGAGGCAAAAGAUGCACACGGAAUGACGGCGCUCAUGUACGCCGCGCAGGCCGGCCACGUCGCCAUCGUCCAGGAGCUCCUCUCGCGCGGCGCCACGCCCGACGAGGCCGCCAGCCACAACUUUGCAAAGGACAACGCCGAAAUCGCCAGCAUGCUCUCGUCGGCCGUACACAACAGCGUCGCCGCCGCCUCCUCGCCCUCCGAUGCGGUCCCGCAGGCAUCCUACGACUCCUACGGCGGCGGACAACCCAUGGCCGACGGCUCCGUCAGCUACGUCCAGCAGAACGGCAUCCACCCGGCCCACGCAGCGGGCGACGCGGCCGCCAUGGCACCACACCAGCUGCACCACCAGCAGCCCUACCCCUACCACCCCCAGCAGCACCACCAGCACCAGCACCAGCACCAGCACCAGCACCAGCACCAGCACCCUCACCAGCACCACCACCUCCACCACCCCAACUCGCAGCCGCCGCCGCCAUCCUUCUUCGACCCCACCCAGAUGUCCGACCCGCCGCGCGGACACGCCCACAAGGACAGCUCCUCUGCCAACCUUCCGCCGCCCGACGUUGCCCGCCUGAUCCCGUGCAAGUUUUUCCCAAACUGCCGCUACGGCGACAAGUGCCUCUUUGCCCACCCCAUCCCGCUCCCCUCGACCUCGGGCGCCGGCCCCGUCUCGCCCGGCCAGGCCCCCGUCUUCUACCCGUCCAACUACGCCUACGCCCCCUACGGCCCGCCGCACCACUUCUACAGCGUGGCGCCCCCCAUGCCCAUGCAGUACCCGCACGCCGGCGUGCCGCUGCCGCCCCACAUGUCGAUGCCUCCGCACAUGGCCGGCCCGCACGUCUCGGACCACGCUCACCUCGCACAGGCCGACGGCAGCUUCAACCCGGCCUAUGCUUCGCAGCACGCGCCAUACUACCAGCCCGCCCCGGGCGUCGUUGAGGCCACCGGACCCGCCGCUGCUGUCGAGGCCGACCAGGCUGGCUCCUCGACCGAGCCCUCGGAAGCUGCGCCGCCCGCCGAGUCGAGCCAGGACGCCGCCAAGUCUGUCGUGCCGUCCGACGCGAGCAGCUCGACGCCCGCUGCCGCCGAUGCCCUGGUCAACGGCGGUGACGCAGAAGCCAAGGACGCCGCGACGCAGCCGCAGCAGCCUGCGACCGCCGCUGGCGACAACGCGCCGGCGGCUGGCAGCACCAAGCCGCCGGUUCACAGGCGGCAGUCGUUCAACUCGCUCCUGCACCACCACGCCAUCCCCUUCCAGCCGAGCCAGGCGCAGCAGCAGCAGCUCAACGGUGACGCCGCGCUGCUCCAGAACGUCGGCCAGCCGCCGUUUGCGCGCGGCGCCAAAGGCCCGAGGCGAGGGGGCGCCUCGCUCGGCGGCAGCUUUGGCCGAUCCGAGUUUGGCGGCAGCAACAAGCGCGCCGACCGGCCGGCGUGCUAUUUUUUCAUCCGCGGCGUGUGCAAGCACGGCGAGGACUGCCGCUUCCCGCACAUCCUGCCGGACGGCACCGACGCGCGCGGUCCGAGCAACGGCCGCUCUGGUGGCGCCAGCGGCGAUGCCCACCGGUCAUCGAACCGUGGUCCCGCUGCCAAGGGCGCUCGCAACGGCCCCAACGGCAACGCUACCGCCUCCGCCGCCGGCGCAGCAGCAUCCGCAACGACGGCAGCCAACGGUGCUCCGACGCAGUCGUCCUCUGUCAAGAAAGGUGCCAACGGCGCCGGUGCCGCCUCGGUUGACCAGGGCUCGAGCGCCACGACCACGGGCGCAGGUGCCAGCGCUGCUGCUUCUCAUGCUGCUACCACCAACGGUGCUUCCGCCGCCGCUCCCGCCACGAAGGCGUCCUCGACCAAGAUCGACUCGGCUCCGGCGGAUUCGAAGCCCGCGCAGAGCAGCAGCGAUGCCACCACUGCGCCGACCGGCGCCGACAAGGGCCCUGCUGCGGCGGCGUCUACCUCUGCCAAGCCCGCGACCUCGGCCAACGGUGUCAACGGUGCCAACGCGCACAAUGCCGGUGGGAUGAGCAACCACAAUGCACGCCCCGCCAACGGACGAUCGUCCAACGGUCGCGGCAACGGUCAGCAGCAGCAGGGCGGCAACCAGGGCGUCAAUGGCGGCCACCACCGCAACAAGCCCAACGGCGCCGCUGCGGCCGCGGCGGCGCAGCGCGUGCCCAACUCGGACGACUUCCCCGCCCUCCCCAACGCACCGGGCCCGACCUCGGCCUCGGCCGCUACUGCACCGGCAUCUACGACGGGCACCGUCAGCGGCGGAGCGGCAGCGCAACCGGCGCCGCACAAGGCCAACUUUUCCGCCAUCCUCUCGGCACCGGCGCCCGUUCGCAAGACGCCCGAGGUCCCCGUCGCCGAUGCCACCGCCGUCGCAGUCGCCGCUGCUGCCGAGGUCAACGACAAGGAUGUCGGCGAGACGUCGACGUCGACGUCGACGUCGACGCCGCAGCAGCCGCCUGCCAACGACGAGGUCUCUGUCGAUGCAGCGGCGUCCUCGCUGUCCAACUGA